GACGUUUUCGUGAGUGCAUGUGGUCGUGUCGAAGGACUUGCGUUUUGCAACAUAUUUGAACAUUUUCACUUUCAAAUUGUGCAUUACAAGGUACGAAUUAAGACUAUCGAUCUUCAAAGAUAGAAUUGAAACAUAUGUUACAGUUGUUAUUUAAAAAAUGGUGUCCAAACAAAUAUUAGAAGAACAAAUUAAAGCUCAAGGAGACUUGGUUAGGAAGUUAAAAGCAGCUAAAGAAAGCAAAGAAAAGUGCUAAUAUACCAAAAUGUUUGCCAAGUCAUUACGUUCAGUCUAUUUUAUGUCACGACCUGUGGCUAUCAGUUACAAGUCUUUGGCCACCUCUACAUCCAAAUUUCAUGGAAAACCACAGAUUGAUGAACAAGUUGCUAAACUCUUAGAAUUAAAAGCAGAAUUAAGCAAUGCUGGUGAAGAUAGCAAUGCAGCAUAUAGUAAUCAAAAGUUCACUCUUAAGACACCUAAAGGCACCAGAGACUAUUCACCUCAACAAAUGGCACUUAGAAAUAGUGUGUUGGAAAAAAUAAUAUCUGUUUUUAAGAAACAUGGAGCUGAAACUAUUGAUACUCCCAUAUUUGAGCUAAAGGAAGUUUUGACUGGAAAGUAUGGUGAAGAUUCAAAACUUAUUUAUGAUCUCAAAGAUCAGGGUGGUGAAAUAUUAUCUUUGAGGUAUGAUCUGACAGUUCCUUUUGCAAGAUACCUUGCAAUGAAUAAAAUCACUAAUAUAAAAAGAUAUCACAUUGCAAAGGUUUACAGAAGAGACAAUCCCUCUAUAUCCAGGGGAAGGUAUCGAGAAUUCUAUCAGUGUGACUUUGACAUAGCUGGUGCGUACGAUCCAAUGAUACCUGACGCCGAAUGUGUAAGGAUAGUGUUUGAAAUCUUAAAAGUUCUGGAAAUGCCCUCGUUUGUCAUUAAACUGAACCACAGAAAGUUGUUAGAUGGUAUGUUUGAAGCAUGUGGUGUCCCAGCGACUAGUUUUAGAGCUAUUUGCUCUGCUGUGGACAAGUUGGACAAGUCUCCAUGGGAAGAGGUGCGUAAAGAAAUGGUGGAAGAAAAAGGCUUAUCAGAAGCAUCUGCAGACCUAAUAGGUGAAUAUGUACAGCUAAAUGGAAAGGCAGAUUUGGUGGACAAGCUGUUGGCUGAUGACAAGCUGUCAAAGAAUAAGUCUGCAGUGGAAGGUUUAGAAGCAAUGAAGUUAUUGUUGAAAUACUGCGAUUUAUAUGGCUCAUCUGACAAGGUUCUGUUUGAUCUUAGCCUUGCUAGAGGGCUGGAUUAUUAUACAGGAGUUAUUUAUGAAGCUGUGUUGUUAGCAGAUAAUGCCUCGUCCUCGGAAGAGGUAUCAGUGGGCUCAGUGGCAGGUGGAGGCCGUUACGACAACCUGGCAGGCAUGUUUGACCCUAAAGGGCGCCAGGUGCCGUGCGUGGGCGUUUCCAUUGGCGUAGAGAGACUGUUUGCCGUCAUGGAAGCGCGCAAAGCGGCCGAAAAGAUCCGAACCACUGAAACAGAGGUGUAUGUGGCAACAGCGCAGAAAAACUUGCACGAAGAGAGGAUGCGAUUGUGCGCCGAGCUGUGGGCCGAGGGAUUCAAGGUGGAACACUCGUACAAGAAAAAUCCUAAGCUUCUGCAACAAUUGCAACACUGUGAAGAAUACGGAAUUCCCUUGGCUCUGAUAUUGGGCGAAUCAGAAAUCAAAAAUGGCGUAGUGAAACUUAGAAAUGUAACUACUCGUGAAGAGGUUGAAGUAGGCAGGUCUAAACUUGCUGAUGAGAUCAGGCAAAGAUUACAGGGUGGAUGUCAAAAUGGGUCAUGAUUUAAUAUUGCACAUGGAUUGAAAGUUUUAGUUAUCUCUAAAAAAAUAUGUGGCAGUAUUAGAUGGCACAGAUGCUUUGCACAUUAAAGGUGAAAAUAUAUAACAUUUUGAUACAGUAUAUGCAUUUUUGUUUAUAUGUUGUCAGAUCUAUGCACAUAAGUUUGAUCGUCCUACUUUUUCUAAGACUUUGUUUUGCUUGUCUCAAGGAUUGAUAUUUUUAAUUUUGUCCAUCUUUGAUAUUUGACAUCCCUCCUGUUUCUUGAAAGCAUUUACUAAUGUUACUAGAGAUCAAAAUAUUCCAAUGUCUAAUCAUUGGCUCACAUAAUUAUGGAAAACACCUUUAUUUUAGAGAUAAGUGAAUCCAAGAUUGUAAUUUAUAAUUUAUUUAUUGGAAAAUAUAAAACGUAUAUACAUAUGAA